AUGAGGGUAUUUAAAAAUGUGGUUGUUUCAAUUUCUGCAUCAAUUGUUGUUUUAGUUUUAAUUAUAUCAGGAAUUGUAAUUUAUUAUUUCGUUAAUAGAAUGUUUGGGAAGAAAGUGGAAGAAUAUUGGAGACAAACAAUAUCUGCCAAUCCAGAAUAUUUGAGUCAAAUGGAACUUUAUAAAGCUGAUGAAUGGGAAUUAAAAAGAGAUGAUAUAAUUUUGGAACAAGAAAUUGGAAGAGGAACUUUUGGGAAAGUUUUUCGUGGUUAUGGAAAAAAUGUUCGUUCUAUAAUGGGGGAAACUUUUGGUGAUUGUGCUGUUAAAACUGUUCCAGAAACCGCUUCAAAUGCUGAAAGAUUACAUUUUCUUAUUGAGGCUAGCGUUAUGAAACAAUUUAAUACUUCAUUUAUUGUAAAACUUUAUGGUGUUGUUUCUGAUGGGCAACCUGUUUUGGUUGUUAUGGAACUUAUGGAAAAGGGAAAUUUGCGUGAUUUUCUUCGUUCCCAUCGACCUGGAGCAGAAGAAAACAAAGAAAAUCGUCCAUUACCUACAGCAGAUCAAUAUUUUAAUUGGGCUGCACAAAUAGCUGAUGGAAUGGCAUAUUUGGAAUCUUUAAAGUUUUGUCAUAGAGAUUUGGCUGCUAGAAAUUGCAUGGUACAUGCUAACGAAUCAGUAAAAAUUGGUGAUUUUGGUAUGGCAAGAGAUAUUUAUUACCAUGAAUAUUACAAACCUGCUGGUAAACGUUUAAUGCCUGUUAGAUGGAUGGCACCAGAAUCAUUAAAAGAUGGCAAAUUUACAUUAAAAUCUGAUGUUUGGUCUUAUGGAAUUGUUUUAUAUGAAAUGUUGACUUUAGGCCAACAACCUUAUGCCGGUUUAGGAAAUGAUCAAGUAUUUAAUUAUACGGGUGUUCAAAGGCAUGUUUUGAAUAAACCUACAGGAUGUCCUGAUUUUUGGUAUGGAUUGAUGCUUUUAUGUUGGAAAUAUGAUCCUAGAGAACGUCCAACAUUUCGUCAAAUUGUAAGAUAUAUUGAAAAUUAUGCUUCAGAUGAAUUUGUUAAGGCUUCAUAUGUUUUAAAUAAUGUUCAAAUUAUGCCGGAAGCUUAUAAUUUUGAUAUUGAUUUGGAUGAUGAAAUAAUGAAAAGAAAUGUAAUUAAUGAAGAAUUUGUAUAUGGGCAAGAAGAAGAUGGAGAGGAUUUGGAGGAUGUUGAUAUUGGUGAUGGUGGGGAUCUUGCUGAUUUUGCUAGUGAAGAUGUAAGUUUUGGGGGAUUUUUACAAGAGAGAAUAUUUUUGGAAUAUUAUUUGGACCUUUAAUUAUAAGAUACGCUUAAAUUUUUUUGAGAUUGGAUUUUUUAAAUUUAAUUUUCACUGGGUGGUUCCGAUUUUAAGGUGCUCUAAUUAUAAGAUAUUGCGAGGAAGAAAGAAAAUACAAAGGAUAAAAUACACAAACAAAUCCCAUUUAACGC